AUGGUAGAUAUCUUCCUCUCUGGCCUAUUACCAGUCGUCAAAGCCAAACUACUACGCAAAGAACGCCCAAAAACCCUCCAGAAAGCUUUGGACAUGGCCAUAUCCGAAAUUGAACUUCAAGAAGAAUUGAAACGUGAUGGACUCAUCAACGCAGGUGGAAAUAUCUCCAUCAACCAGUUACAACCCGUCCAACCACCUCAUGCCCAAAUGAACCGUUUCAACAAAAAUUGGCAGCCACGCCGCCCAUUCAACCGCUUCUUCUCAAAAUUCAACAACAACAACCGACCAUCCAAGCCCUUCUUCUUCAACAACAACACAAGCCGUUCCAAUUAUCAACCCCGUGCCAACUACCGUCCACAAUCCAAUAAUCAAAACUCCAAUAUCAGGAACCGGCCCAAUCACCCUCGACCAACCCGUUAUGGCAUUAACGCUUUGUUGCCCUCGCUGACAAUCGUUGCCCUGGCUGCUCUAUCCGUACUACCGCUGACUAUGGCCCAGUUUCAAUUCUGCCCUUUACGCAAAGGAGCUUUAUAUCUCGCUCCUCCGAGAAAAGAAGAUUGCACAGUAGCCGAUGACACUCCAGUACGAAAAACAAACGUCGAAAUUUUUGUACCACAACUGGGACCCCAUUACCAAGAAGCUUAUCACUGCCAGGCUAAGAAAGUAACACGAUGCACCUUUUCAAUUGGUAUCGCUGCAUUUGAAAGACUGACACCAAGUCAACAUCACAGUUUAACAGCCAACGAAUGUUGGACCUUGAUCCAACGAAUGACGCUAUACAACCAAACACUUUAUCGACUCGACGAAAAUGUUUGGCAAUCCUCAGGAUUCAUCAACGCCCAAUACGCAGUUUUUGGAAGUCGUUGCCGCGAAAAACUUCAAUUUACGGUAACAAAAGGACUAAUACAUUCCAGAAACGGGAUAACUGUAUCAUCCGAAAUCGACAAUCUACAUAACUGCCAUUACAACGAUGCUCUCUGUGUUACGAACCAAGGUACAACAGUUUGGAAUGUGACGGACACAAAAGAUUUCUGCUCACAUACUUCAGCUGGACAUUUUCUGGCUUUAGCUUCCGACACUUAUGUGAUAAUCCAAAGACUUCAAGCUGCCUUCGUAUUUAACAAAACAGACCCAGACGGUCACGAUUCGUUUUGCUACCCUAUUAACACCUAUCGAAUGGAAAAUGACGUGUUCAUCUCCUUUCACCCAGAAUACCCAACCGCUUCGAAGCCCAGAACAAAACGAUUCGAAUUCAAGGAACAACCUCGAAUCGGAGACACAAAACCAGCAUCAACCACUCCAAGGACUACCCAAGGAACUGCCCCAACAUCACCCUCAUCAGCGAUCGAAACCCGAAUUCAGGAUCGGAAUCGUUAUAUAAUUCCCCCAGUACAAAAAGCCCAGGGACCUUACUACCCCAUCAACGUCCAAACGCGAUCAUCAACAAAUAAUACGUCAAAAACCACCAAAAAUCCGCAAAGAAGUGACGAAACUCCGAAAGUAGCUACCUCAACCAUAACGACACCUAUUUCCAUCAUGGGAAAAACCACCAUGGCACCAAUGACACCUACCUCCCUUCCGCAUACUACUCGGAGACAAAAUUCUCCGAUUGAAGCCCAAACCUUUCCCUCACCGGCACCUCCUUCCGAAGCAAAUGACCCCACGAAUGUAAAACUGGAAUACCUCAGCCUCACGGUAACUAAACUUAUCCGCGACGAGUACGCAAACCUAUUUGCUCACAUCUGUUCCAUUCACAAUCAAAAUGUGGCCAUCAUCACAGCUUUGUCAAAACUUAACCCAACUUUAGCCGUCAGAUCUUGGCUUAACAGAGAUGACGUUAUCGCUUACCAUUCCGGCGAAGCAUUCGCUGUCUCUACUUGCGAACCAAUCAAACCUGACAUUGUUCAUUGGAAUCACAAAUACGGAGAUUCGUGCUGGACCGAUGUCCCAGUGGAAUAUAACAACAAAACAUAUUUCGCACCUCUCGGAACCUACGAAUUGCAAUACAACUCUACAAAAAUACCCUGUGAUCAAAUUCCUGUCAAUGUGUACCGACAAGCCGAUGGCACCUGGACUUCUCCCAUCGGACACGCCAAUGUGAUGCAAAUCGACCGAGCGCUAACUCAACUAAACUUCGAUACCUUACCUACCUUUUCAUCCGCAUCAAUCUACCAACCACAAUGGACCAGAUUAGUCGUUUCUACCUCCAUUCUAAACUCCUACGCACACAAAAUUAACCGACUGGAAACUACACUACAAGCUACUCAAGAAGGUGAUACCCCAGAACUCAAACUUGUAUCCGACGGAAGUAGUGAAGGAGCAACUUCAUCUCUAUUAACCAUGGAAGAAGUAAAAGGAUGGAAAGACGCCGUGAUAAACUUUUUCUUCCCAAAUUUGGAUACUUGGGAAGAAAUCGCAGUCGCUGUUCUAUCAGUAUUAGCCCUUGGAGUAGCACUAUUCCUCUACGGUCCUUACAUCAGCACUUUUCUCAGACAUGUUAAACGACACCAAAAAUACAACCCAGUCAACGCUGUAGAAAUGCAAGAUGUAUCACCUUCAGCACCAUGCCUCGACCAUGUUUACGUACCUCCAGUUUACUCGAUCCAAACAGGAACUCAACCCAAGAUUAUCGUCCACAUCAAAGGCAAACCCGUCGCCGCAUUAGUGGAUAGCGGCUCAGCCAUUACGUACUGCCGACAAUCGCUUGCCAGGAAGCUGCAACUUCCCAUCUCUCCCCUCCAAGCGAUGGCUACUGCACGUGCCGUGAAUGACACUACCUUCAAAUUUCUUGGUCAAGUACAAGCUGACGUUUCAUUCCGACAGCUAAAACUACAGAUACACAUGUUGGUAUCUGAAGACAACCACUGCCCGUCAGAAUUGUUGAUUGGCACAGAUACACUUCGGAAAGUUUGUGCCCAAGGACACUCCGUGAAUUUCGAUCUAAACCAAAACACCAUCAACAUCGGAGACGAAAUAUUUCCGUUCGUAUUCAACCUGGAGGCAGACCUCACUACGGAACCAUGCAAAAUUGUACUUAAUCAGGACGAACACCUUCCACCACGCUCAGAUAACUUUAUCGUGGCAAAAACACUCACGACACCUCCAGGAAGGACAGUGCUCAUUGAAGAUGCCAUCACAACUAACGAAAUGGUCAAAACAGCAGCAGUAUUAUGUCGUUUGGCAACUCCCAACUACGUCCCCGUAACAAUUAUAAACGCUGGUUACGCCCCAGUAACCCUACGGAAGAAUCAAACAAUUGGAACAUUAUCCGAAGUGCCACAACAACAAUCCUUUCCAAUAAUGUUCGUACAAUCCCCUCAGCAAAUCCACGUACCACCUGAACUGGACUACAUUGAAACUCUUCCCCCGGCCGGAAAACAGCAAAAGCAACAAUUGAACCCGGAUUUGGAAGAUUCGAUAUUAUCCGAAAAUGCAAAGAAGUACCUAACCCGGUUGAUUCAUCGUUACUCUGAUGUCUUCGUUGGAACUGAUGGAAAAAUUGGUCAAUAUACCGGACCUAUUCAACACGAAAUCGAGCUCAUCAACCCGAAGGACAUCCCUCGCAAAAGACCCUAUCGCGUCCCUCUUCCACUCCGAUCCGAAAUUGAACGACAACUCAAACAAUUAUUGGACCAAAAAAUCAUCGAAAAAUCAUCAUCCCCCUUCGCAUCACCAAUCGUAAUGGUAAAGAAGAAAGACGGCACCUACCGUCUUUGCGUCGAUUACCGCCAACUUAACCAAAACACCGUUAAACGUGUUCAACUCCUACCCAACAUCCAAGAGAUCCUUGAUCUUACAGCCGGCCACAAGUAUUUCUCAACCUUGGAUUGCUCUCAAGCCUUCCACCAAGUUACGCUAGCUCCGGGAAGCGUUGAGAAGACCGCAUUCAUCACGCAUAUGGGAUUAUUUCAAUACCUACGAAUGCCUUUUGGAUUAACAGCCGCGCCCGCAACAAUGCAAAGAAUCAUGGAUCACCUAAAAGGAGAACUCACAGCUAAGAUUUUUAUUUAUCUUGAUGAUCUAUGCGUCUCCAGUACAGACGAAAAUGACCAUAUUAGGGACCUCGAGGAAGUUUUUAGCGCACUAAGAUCAAAAGGACUCAAACUAUCACUUAAAAAAUGCUUCUUCGGCAAAAACGAAGUAAAAUAUCUAGGAUUUUUACUUAGCGAAAAAGGGAUACGACCGGACCCUAAAAAUGUAGAAACCGUUGCAAAAUUUCAAAUUCCAAAAACACUAACAGAACUAAGAAGCUUUAUCGGAGCCGUUAGCUAUUUUCGCCGUUUUAUCGAAGGUUUCGCCACUAUAAUGGCACCCCUUUACGAAUUAACAAAACAAGGAGACUCUAUUCCCAGUCGCUGGACCGAAUCCCAAGACAAAGCAUUUAAAGCUGUAAUAGAAGCCCUUAAGAAAGCUCCAACGCUAGCCCCACCACGCCAAGAUAGGCCUUACAUAAUAGAAACAGAUGCCUCGGCAUGGGGUUUAGAAGCAACAUUACUACAGAAAAAUGACCAUGGCUUUCCAAGACCCAUAGCCUACGCUAGCCGGAAACUAAACAAAUUUGAAGCCAAAUAUCCCGCCGUAGAAACCGAAGCAUUAGCAAUAGUAUUCGGACUAAAAGAAUUUAGGCCAUAUAUUGAAGGUCAUAUUCCCACCCUUAUCCGAACAGAUAACAGCGCACUCACAUCACUUUUAAAACGCAAAGAUUUACAGGGAAGAUUAGCUAAAUAUCAACUAGCCAUACAACAGUAUAAUAUUCUAAUAGAACAUAGAUCCGGAAAAUCAAAUUCUUUUGCUGACUACGUUAGCCGUUACCAACCUGUCUCUUUUGUAAAUAUAUUUUACUUAGACCAAAAUACGGUUAAAAACGCUCAACAAACCGAUCCCACCUGCAUAGAAAUUGCGAACGCAAUUAACAACAAAAUUUUUCCGGAACUUACUAAAGGACGUCUUAAAUUAUUCAAACUAAAACUCAAAAAUUUUCGAUUCAUUGAUGAUGUUUUGCAUCAUUACAAAAAAGGGAUUUCCCGCAUUUACAUCCCCAAAGAAUUAAGGACAAAAAUAUUAACUGAUUUCCACGAUGAUCACCUUCAAGGAGCUCAUCAAGGUCUACAGAAAAGUAUUGCAAACCUCAAAAAACGCGUAUUCUGGGACGGAAUGGUCCGCGACAUGAAACAGUACAUCAGCUCUUGUCCCCAAUGCCAAAUCAACAAAGUGAACCCCGGAGACAAGACCUUGGCUAAAACCAUCCCCUUUCAACCAGCACUAUUCCCCUUUCACCGCGUUCAUAUCGACAUCAAAGGACCACUUCCGCAAACUGAAAAUGGGAACCGCUACAUUUUGGUUUCUAUUGACGCGCACACCAAAUACGUCAUGGUCUCCCCGAUGCCAAACCAAGAAACUAAGACUGUCAUCAACGCAUUCAUGGAAAGCGUAAUCACAAAAUUCGGAAUUAUGGAACUCUUAUAUUCCGAUAAUGGCAGCCAGUUCACCGACCAACUUUUCGUGCAGCUAGGAAAACACUAUGGAUUUAAACAUCAAUAUUCCCCGGUAAACACGCCGCAUCUGAAUGGUCAAGUGGAAAGGGUAAAUAGAACACUAGCCGUCAUGCUCAAAACGGCAGCCGAGGACUACAGUACCCAUUGGGACCUACACUUAUCAAAAAUGGUCUUUGUAUACAACACAUCUCCGCAUGCUACCACCAAGGAGACCCCGUUCUUCCUAAUGCACGGAUUUGACCCACUACUCCCAAGUGACUUACUUCUUCGCACCUUUUCGCAACGCCGCACAACUUAUGGUGAAACAGACGUGGCCAUGCAACAUAUUAUGGCCAUGAACAACGCCUAUGAGCAAGCCGCGCUACAAACCCACCGAACCGACGAUCAGAAUGACGACUCCGCCCCAAUACCAUCAGCUCCUUCCUCGCAGAAAACAAUCACAAAAAAUGAUCUAAUUUUGAUCAUCGACCCCGCCAAAAAAUCGAAGUUCCAACCCACAUGGAUCGGACCCUUCCGCGUUAUGGAAAGUGGCCGAUCAAUCAUAAAAGCGCGACUCCUAAGUGACCCAAGAAAAAUUACAACUACUCACGUGAACAAAUGUAAGCUAUAUUUUACUCGUGAUUCGAGCCCCAUCCUAGGGCAAGAAAGCAGCAUUUAA